AUGCAUGGUAACGAUCUCGACGUACAAUUAGCCAAGAUAUCUCCAGUUGGUUGGAACUGGCAGCCCAUUGAACAAGCUUCACCCAUGCACAGACAGCUGUGGGAAAGUUCUGAAUGGGAAAACUUCAAGGCUGUUGUUGAAAAAAUAAAAAACGUACAUAAUAUUCUCGUCAACAUUGAUGAUACUGAUCGCGACACUUAUCGACGACAACAAGCCAAUUUAUCGGAUUCUUUGUAUACAACUGAGCUAGCUAUAUUAGCCUAUCGAGAAGCCCUUUUGAGUUGGUACGGUAUUUUGCGAAAAGCUGCCAGCGAGCCUGUCAAUCAUGCUAGACUUCUAAUGGUACUCUAUGUGGUUAAAGCUUAUAACCAAACAUCGGCAGAAUGGCAAGCCAACGGUAUAUUCCGACUCGCUCAACCACACACACGUCCGAUUGGAAUUUGUUGUUUGCAUUUAGCUCGACUUACUAGUGCUGAAUGGGUACAGAUAAUCCAAAAUUUGAUUUCGAAUUCAAAAUAUAAUAGUGCAGCUACUCUUCUUCAGACUCUAGAUCAUAAAAUAAUUCAAGAUAUAGCAAAUCAAGGAAAUUCUGUGACGCGCUUUUUUAGUGAACAGAUUAAUAAGACCGAAAUAUCUAUGUUGAAACGACUUGAACCUGUCCUAAGUCUUACCAAUAUUAAUGAUAUUCUCGUCAUUGCUGCAUUUGUGCAUUUAGAAAACCGAAAUGAUGUCUGGAGCAUACUGAAAGAACAAUAUCUAAGCAAACCGCAACAAUAUGACAAAGUAUUGAUAUGUCAUAAAAUUCAAGUAGAGUUGGGUUUAUCAGUAUCUACUGAUUGGAUUGACCAAGGUAUAUUCGAAAAUAAUUCCAUAGCAUUCGAUCUAAAAGGUUUGACUCAAUACAAAUGGAUGGAACUCGGACGCAACUAUUUGGAGAUGGCAAAUUAUAAUACAGCUCUCAAUUGUUACAUUAAAGCUGUGCGAGAUUCAUCAGAUAGCUCUGCUACAGUCUUCGAACAUAUUCUCUCGUUAAUAUCAAACCUGUCGGAUUCUGUCGCCCUUUGGUAUACUGUGGUUAUCUACAAAAUGGCCCAAGGCAUCUCAUCUGUGGUUUGCGACUGCAUAAACUAUAUUUGUAAGGUUCUUGAUGCGAAACACCAAUCCGUCCAACAAUUCAUUAUAUCAACACUUUAUCAUUUUUGUCAGAAGGAGCAAUGUCUGCCUCUUCCUCUGGUUCAUUUACAUGUGCGUGCUAUCAAUGGCUUGUUGAUAAGUUCUAAAGCAUUCGUAGGUGGUCUUCAUUUUCUUGAAGCUGCUUCUGCUUCUAGCAUAGAAAUUAUUAAACUUCAAAAGCAAUACGAAGAAUAUGUAAAUUUUCAAAACUAUCAAAGUAUUAAAAUGGCCAUGAAUGUUUCUAUUAUUGAACUUGCUCUGUGUCUUCAAGAAAUAACAAGUGCCAUUACUCUUGAGAAUUUUAUAAACGAAUAUCGUGAUACCUUACCGAUGAGUCAUGUCCCACCUAUCAUUCGUGCAAAGUUGUACUUAGUCGACGCUACGAUUGACAAACUGAAAGGAAAAUAUGCUGGCUUCAUACAGAAGCUACAGCAAGCGCAGAUAUGCUGUUGGGAUGAAGACGUUUUAAAUGCUUUAGUCAUUGUAGCAAAGGAUCCAUUAUUUCAUAAGAGUCUAACUCAAGCACUUUUAUUCGAAUUGAUCAGCUUGCCAAUAGGAAAUCAGAACGAAACCAUGAGACUUCUUACAUCGAUCACUUCUCCACCCAAAGUAUUCGAGUAUAAUAAUCUACUAAAACCAAGCUUGCUACCUACACUUGUUCACCAAUAUGAAAAUGGAAUCAUAAAACAGAUGAGCGAAGAUCCAUUCCAAUCGGCCAUGGCUUAUAUAGAUCUAUCCAUGGCUGUAUGUAACCCAGUUUGUAUUGCAUCGAAUUGGAUUUUAGCUUGCAUCUAUCUUUAUGAGAGUUUAUCAAGAAUGACUUCAAAUGCACAGGAACAAGCGAGAGUUUAUGCUUAUCGAAAUAUGAUUAAUGAACUUGCUAUUAACGCAUUUUUACUUGCACGCCAACAUCUAGCACCAAAUAUGCAGAUUUACAUCUAUAAACAGGUUUUAUCACUGUUCAUAAAUACAAGUCGUCUGUUCACUCAAUUGAUAAAGUCGAAAGAUACUACUCAACGCGAAGGUAAUGUUGAUUACAUCAUAUCUCCUCGACAAACUACUAUCAUAAGUCAACUUCUCAAGUAUACAAUUAGGUUUGCCAAAUUAGCACCUCUUAUGCAACUACGACCAUUCCUCAGCUACGAUAUAAUGUUCCUAGAUGAGAUCGGACGCGAAUUUCUCCAAUUAUAUUGGAAAGCAAUGAGUGAUGAAACCCACAAUGGUCAAUCAUUUGUUUACCAAUACUUCAUUUUGGAAGGAGUCUGGAAGAAUUGGAUUAGAAGUAUUAGCUUUCAAUCUGCUCGACAGCAAUCGAUACAAUCUCUACUCGAAAGCAAACAUUGGAAAGUGUCAAAUGUUGAACUAUUAUUAAAUAAUCCGUUGAUUCCACGAACACCUGAUGGUUGGCUUUCAAAUAAAAAGAAACCUCUCUUUAUAUCUGGAUCCAAGCAUUACUCUAAAGUUGAUGGCAUUAAGAUAAAUAUCAACACAGGUGAAAUUACAUUUCUUUUUGUUCCUGCUAGGCGUAUGGAGUCAAUUGCCCUUUUUGGUAGUGAUGAUAUUGCCGAUGUCCUUAAAAAAGGGAUUACAAAAGCAGUUUUUACACUCAACCAACCAGAUAACGAGUUUCUUUGGCAUCCGUUUCAAAGAAUGAGAUAUGCACCUGCGAAUCUCAUCAAUACACAAUAUCUGAUAACAUUGCUUCACGCUGACUACCUUCUUAAGUUCAUUACAAUGGGUAUAGAAGUAAAUGCCAAAGCACCUUUUCUUAUGCGUGAGGCAAGCGAGGGUUUUAUGAAGCGUCUGCCUAAACGUCUACAGGAAUUAUUAAAGCCGCUUUACAAGCGUGACAGAAAACUUAGUUAUGGUAAUAUCCAUCGUUUUUGGAUCGAAGCAGGUGAUCCCAUUGACGAAGUUACGAUUGACCAAAAAGCAAAUGAUAUUAUUUACCGGAUAGGCGACGUACCCAUGUACGUCAAGCAACAUCUAUUGAAAUAUGAUGAUGAAGGGAAUCUUAUCGAUGAUAAUCGCUUCAACAAUUGUGAAGAUCAAUCUUCCGAAGCAAAUUUUGCUAAAUCUUUCACAGACAACUAUAACGAAAUCGGUGCAUAUUUUCCUGAACUUCUUCGUCUUAAAGAGCUAGUUAAAUUAGGCGCCUUGGUCGAUUUUAUCCGACAAUUUUAUAAAUCUCUGCAAAAGAACAUUGCGGAAGACAUUGAUGUUCGCAAUAUAUGUGACUCUUUGUCUAAACAACGUAGUGAAAUAGAGUAUCCUUUAGACACCAGUGAUAAUGUUCAACACUUCCGGAUGAAAAUCUUAGAAGAAAUCGAUCAGUCUAACAUCGAUCUUUCAUAUGACGAGGAGUCAGAUUUUCGCAAAAUGAUAAGUUCAGAACUUGCAAAUGUUGAUACUGAAGUAGUUGAGAAUUUAGUCAAAGGCGUGUGCAAAUUUUGUCACUCCAAAGAGAAGGAUCAAGCACGAAAAUAUAUAGAUAGGUGGCUUUGCAGCAGCAGCAAAGCAAAUUCAGCUUUGUGGUCUUGUCAAUCCGUUAGCAAUGAAGCGGCUCAACUCGUUUCGUUCAUUCAUAAGGCACUGAUAGAUCACAAACGAAUAUUAAUGAGUGCAGUUGAAAAGUUGGGUGUGUCAUUAGAAUCGAACGACCAGCUAGAUUUCGGUAAGUGGAGUAUCCAUAUUAUUUCUCUAUACAAUUUUCUGUGUAAAAAAGCUCAUGAUUUGACGUGCUCAUGGGUGCCUGCUGCAUUCAUGAAUAUUAGCAACAGAACAUGGUGUCAAAUUUAUGGUGGUGUAUGUUUACUGCCACAAACAGUAUCUGGACAUGUCAAGCCUAACUCGGAAGUUUGUCCAAUACUGGCUAUCACAGAACUGAUAAGCUCAAACAACCGCAACGGUAGGUCAUAAAUAUAAUCUUCAUGAAUAAUUAGAAAGAACCAUAUUGGUACCGGAUAAAUUAGAUUGAUAUAAUCAUUAUACAGUUGAGAUAGACAAGAAUAACCAUAAAUGUUCAUCCACUUUUCUCUAAAAAUAGAAUCAAUUUGAAAAUUUUCACUCCAAUAAGCUUUUCAUAACACAUAACCUGCAACAAUCACUCUGCUCCUCAGUUUUCAAUAUUUUGAAAACAGUUCUAGGCCAAUAGAAAAUUUUGGGAUUCUGUUCACAAUCUGAAGUUCAAUUGUCGAUGCCCGAGUAACUUUAAUGACGAAAUGUUGUUUCUGUUUUAAUGAGAUUCAAGCAUAGGGAUUGUGCAAACUCAUGGAAUGUCAGAAUCGAGAACCACGAUAAUAUUAGAAGAACAAGAUAAGUUUUCCAUGACAGAAUUGGGGAACCUUCAACACUUGAAAAUGUAUGAAACGAUGAGUGCUAGUUUCAGAGAACAAAGCCGAUCCGAAAACAUUUUAAAUCACAUAAUAGAACAUAUUUUCUUUAUAAAAUGAAAGAAGAAACAUAAGCCAUAUAUGGCUCAUCAUAACUCGCCGCUUCUUAUUUCUCGACGAAAAUUGCCAAGUAUAAACUCAAAUCACUAUUCAAAGGUCAGCAUUAGUUAGCGAAAAUGAUGUUUUUGUGUACUCAAAAAGUGAGUACACUAUAGAAUCGGUCAGUGUGUCCGGCCGUCCGGCCGUUUACAUGAUAACUUUCGAAAGGAGAGUCCGAUCGCGAUGAAAUUUUCUACAUAGUUGCGUCUCAUCAAUAUCUCGAUCGAGUUCGAAGAUGAGAAUGAUUCGUCGAGCCAUUGCUGAGUUAUCGGGAAAAGAGUCAUUAUUCCCUAUGCUUUUCUAUGCGAACAUUGACCUAUCUCGCUUUUCACAAAACAUUUUUCCUCUCAUAAUCAAACAAAACCCCAACUAUAAUAUACCAUUCGAUAGAGAAUUUUACAAGCUACAAAAUGGUAUAUAAAACAUUAAGAAGAAAGAAGACUAAGUCACCUAUUGCAAAGAUAUUUAAAUGGAAAUUGGUUCUGUUUUUAUCCACUUUCCGAUUGAUCG